AUGCCAGCCUGUAUUGUAUGUUGUAGACCUGCCAGCAGCUUAAUCAUGACUGCUGGGGACAAAUCCGGCUGUGAGGGAGUGGUAAGGCAGCAGGAUGUUGCACCGCUACUCCUGUUGAGAAGAAGUCUUAUGUUGGAGCCAUAAUCCGCGAAGGAGGCCAUAUUAGGGUCCAUGGAACUGCGGGCCUGUUGCCAGAGUUCUUGUCAGGGUCGGGCUUCUUUUCAUUCGACCCAUUUUGCUGGUUCCAGCCUGGGGAUUUGUCUGAGAUCCUUAAAUGUGGGAUUUUAGCUGCACAAUCGGGGCAAAAGUAGCUCUGACAAAAUGUGGCCAUUCAGUUAAGCUGCUAGGCUCCUACCCCACACCCCCAGUAGUGUUGCAAUUUGAAAGCAGUGGUGUACUUGUGUUUAGUGCUUGUGUUUGAAUGUGCUUGUGUAGCAUUGGCGUUCGAUUGCUGGGAUGUAUGAACAACACUACCCACACAUACACAUCCCCAUAAUCCAGAUGGUUACUACAGUAGAAAGCUUCAUGAGUACCAAUAUGCUGAAUGUUAAGCUGGCAUAGACUGUCAUUGGCUCUGAAAAAGGUAAACGCAAGUCACAUGUGACAAGUCUGAAAAGGGAUUUUUCUGACAGUAAAGUGAAAGUAACUGCACUUCCUCUUAAAUACUUAACUUAAACAGAGCACAUUUGACUCGGCAGAAGAAAAACAACAACAAGAACUUACUUAUCGGUUAAAGAGUUUGGCAAUCACGCAGGUAAGACCAAUGCUCACUUUAUUUACUGCGCAAAAAUGUUAUAUAUUUAGUAUUUUAACAGAAAUCUUGCUACCAUUGUUAGAACACAAAAGAAAAAAACUAGGAUAAUUAAUCAUCUAUAUUUGUGCAGCAUUAAGAAAUGGAUCUGCUGUGUUCUGAGUCUUGUUCAUGAAAAGUUACGCACAAUAUAUUGUUAAUUUCCUUGUUUCUGUAUGUUUAUACACAUACAUCAAUGGUUAACACAGGACAGAACUUUACAAAGUAAGAAACCCUACACCUGCAUCAAAGCUAUCAGUGACUCAAAUGGACAAUUAACACUUUGCUACAAUUUACACAGAUACGUUUAAGUGUUACAUUGCGCAUUAGAAAGAUAGCAAGGUAGGAGGAGUUAGCAAACAACGCCUCAAUAGAGUACUGUAAAAUAUAAAUAUACAUAUUAUAAAUUCUAAAACACAGAAAAAUAUAUAAAUCUUUAUUAAAUCAUUUCUAAAACACAAUCUAAUGCAAACAUAAAUACUAUAUAAUAUAAUCGGAAUCAUCAAGCCAAGCAACACACGCCAAUAGAGAUAGCUUGUGUGUAAGAAUUACAAUGUAUAAACCUGAGAAAGGCUUUUAAAACGGAGUUAAAAAAAAAAAAAGUGCAAAGUGAAAAAACAAACAUAUUAUGCAAUAUACAAAAAUACAUGUGCAUGCAAAUCUAGCAACAAUCACAAAUUAAUGAUAAAAGGUGCCUUCAAUGUGAUAUAAUGUAUAUCUCAUUUUUAUCUCGUUUAUAUCUAUUUGUUGUUUGAUAUACCAAAGACAAAGAGUUUAUGUAAUUCCUUUAGUUUCUAAAGCGGCAGUACAGGUUUCUGCCAAUCUUUACCAUAACUACUUGCUAAGUGUUUGCUGUUUUGAGAAUGGAUUUGCCUUAUAAUACAGGAUGGAAGGCUUUUCCCAUUUUAUCAUUUUUAUUUCAAUUCACGUGAUUUGAUUAUGUAUUGUAAUGGACAACCAAUUUCAACUCAUUUUCAGAAACAGUUUAGAUAUCAAGUGAUGACACUUUAAUAGUUUAACUUUAAGCAGAAGAAGUGUAUAAUGAGGGGCAUUUUUUUUUUACUUAUUUUAUUUUUAUUAAGGAUUUUUAUCCAUCACAAAACAAGAUAAGGAUAAGGAUAUUGUACAAGUAUUACCUUUAGUAGUGUGUGUGGAACUUCACUGACUCCCAUAAAUCUGAGCCAGGGUGCUUGCUGAACCGGAAUCAAACACCAGAUUUCAAAAAAUUAAUAAACUAAUAGAGGUUCAGGCACUCCUUGGUUCAAGACAGGUACUUUAUUAGGAACCACAACAGCAACGUUUCGACCCCAAAAGGUCAAGCUUGACAAAGACCUUUUGGGGUCGAAACGUUGCUGUUGUGGUUCCUAAUAAAGUACCUGUCUUGAACCAAGGAGUGCCUGGACCUCUAUUACUUUAUUGUACAAGUAUUAGGCAAAAGAGUAUAGCACAAUAACUCAUAUCAUAAGUACAACUGAUAAUUUGUCCAACAUAAGGUUAAACAAUGUAUGACAUAAAUCAGUACAGUACAAAGAUGAUUGACACUCCAAGGUAAUGAAUUGACAUAUAGAUGGUACAUUGUACAGGAUUGAGUUCAAAAUUAUCUCAAAACGGAAUGUAUGGAAAAGCUGUAAUUCACAUGUGGUAAUUUGUAUUCAAGUUGCAUAAAAAAUAAAAAGAUUAAUCUCAAUAAAAGAGUAUAAACUUUAAAAUGACAAAAAGCAUACAUCAAAGUGACUAUAGUGUUUAUAAUAGUGGUCACAUAAGCAAUCACACAUGGGCUACUGUCCCAUCAAUGGUGUCUCACUAUGCAUACAGCCUAAGGUCUAAGAUGCGCCUGUGUGCAUUUACUGCUUCUGUGUCCCCGGAAUGAACACUAAAAGAUUUUAAGAGGGUCGGUGUGUAUGGGCAGGCUCCCAUACCCUUCCAGCUAUCUCCCCCUGUGUUGUCUUAACCUGGUUUUCCCUAAACAAAGUCAAGGGUUGUGACAGAGAGGUAUAUUUAUGGGACCUUCCUAAGACCAUCUCAAGUUCUCCAGUUCUCGGUACUUUUCUAUCUUAUUGGACCAGUCUCUCCUGGUGGGUGUACAUUAAUUAGGGGUAAUUUAAAUGAAAGAUACACCUACAUUCCACUUGCUAUGGGGUCUCUUACACAAAAGUUAAUGUAUACAAUAAACAACGAGUUGCAGUGCACAGGCCAUCAUUUUAUUAGAAACCCAUUUUGCAAAGUUGGAAAUUCGCCCAAAAUGGCCGUGCUGGAGCAAUUUUUGAAUUUAGCAAUUUUAGUCUAGGUUUAUUUCAAGGAACAAUCUAUUUGCCACAACUCUAUUUAGUGAAAAGAUCCCAACUACAUACAUGCAUCAAGGAAGGGCCGUGUUUUACCAAGACUAUGUAAAAAACUGAAAUCCUUUCAUAAACAAGUGCAGAUACGCCCUAAAUCUAUAUUAUCACUUUCAUUUUCUGUUAUGUUUGCAAAAUAGACUCAUUACUGUAACGUGCAAGGGAAGUAG